AUGGGCAAACCGAAGCGCAAUGUGCUCGCCGCUGCCGAGGAGACUUUAACACCCCCAGCCACCCUCGAUCCCAGUCAAUCUGUCGUCCGCGUCGUCAAGCCCCAAGGAAACAACCUGUACACCUGCGAGUUGCCCAACCGCAAGACGGUGUUGCUCGAGCUUGCACAGCGCUUCCGCAAUACCAUCUGGAUCAAACGGGGGGGCUAUGUCUUGGGCGAGCGAUAUGAACAAGGCUCCGGGGAUACCCGCGCUGAUGGCGAGAUUGUGAAUGUAGUUCGAGACGAGAAGCUUUGGCGAAAGCAGCCAUAUUGGCCCGAAGAAUUCACCAAAAAUACCCAUGAUCUCAGCGACGAAGACGACUCUACUGUUGGACAGAUGCCGCCCAGCGAUUCGGAAGAAGAAUGA